UUAUAAUGGGUUCUAAACCAACAAUUCCUGAAUCAGUUAAAUCAAUGAGUACAAAGAAAGACACAGAGUUUUCUGUUCAUAUAGUAUAUUGCAGUGGAUGAGGAUAUGGUUAAUUUUACAAUUUCUUUGUUGAAUGUUUGGAAUUAAUCUAUCCUAAUGCUAAGGUUACAGGGGAAUAGACACCAAAUGUUAUAUAAAAUAUAAUUUAUUAGGUUUCUGGUUAUUUUGAGAUAGAAGUAGAUAAGAGUGGCAAAAAAUAAGUUAUUCAUUCUAAAAAGAAUGGUGAUGGAAUUUUUAAUGAAAAAUCAUGUUAACCAAUAUUGGAAAAAUUAAAAAAUUAUGUAGAGGCUUGAUGUCUUGGAAAAAUAAGAUAAUAUAUAAAUAAGUACAUUAACAUUAAAUGAAGAGAUUAAGUUUAAAAAAAAAAAUUUAUUUUCUGAAGAACCAAAUGAUUAAUGUUCUAAUUCAUAUUUUAUAAUUAAGAAAUAUAAUUUAGAUUAAUAUAAUUCUUCUUUAAUUAAAGUUAAUUUAAUUUAAUAUUGUAUAAAUAAUUGA